AUGGAUGUGGCUUCCUCCCCUUACCAACCUCCAAAUGACAUCGAUCUCGACCUCGACCCCUUUCGCGAUCCAUCUGUCCUCGAAGACGAAAUGAUCGAUUACCAGGAUGAUCUUGUGCUUCAAGAUGAUGGUCCCCAAGAUAUCGCUAUUGACGACAUCAUGGAUCAGGCAAGUAAUGCCGGACACGAAUUCGAUUAUAACAUGGAUUCCUCUCUUGAACAGCCAGAACAAACGCGAGACGACGAUGAUGAUGAUGUUUUGUACGAAGACGAAGACGAAGACGAAUCAGAAAUUAUUCCUCAAGACUUGGAUCAUGAGAAUAAUGACGAUCAACCAACUGCAAACCAUACCUUGAAAUUUAUCGCAGAAGAUGAUGCUGUUGGCGAAUCAAUCGACGGCAACUUUGACGAGCACGUUGAGCUGCAGACUGACGACCGACCUACCACACAGGCGCCUCAUCCCGAGGACCACCAGGACGCAUCUGCUUCCGGUGAUAAUCUAGUCCAAAUUCAAGGGAAUCCCGGUUUCCAGCCACCCCAGCCUGCUGCGCAGUCGCCUCCUGCUCACCCAGAAGACGACUUACCUAUCGAAGGAGAAUCUGGAGAAACAGACCUGCUCCCAGACGAUAGCGAAUAUGUCCACCUUGAACCACUAGACUAUCGGCAAGAGAACGACCCGGAGCCAGAUGCCGUAGACCGGAAUCUCUCCCCUCUCCCACACGAAAACGAGCAGACGAUUUCAGAUACUCAGCACGAAGAAGCCCCAGAAUCGAAAGGCAUCCACGUUGACCCAACCCGUGAGGUCCAUCCUGUCACUCUGGUCUACCUUGAGGAAGAAAUGUCUUUGUUUCCUCCGCUCAUUGGGGAUGGUUCUUCAGUUUAUUUUCUGUCUGACUCAAAUCUUGCUUCACAACCUCUUGAUAAAUUGCUGGCUGCGUGUCGUGAAAUCCUCACUGGCACCCUCGAACAUGAUGACGAACUCGUUCUCGAUAUCCCGGGUCUAGGUCUUCAUAUCUGUGAAGACUCGAAAUACUCUGCACAGAUCACGUUGGCCAGCGUGCUUGAGAUAUACCUCAAGCUUUGUCAUAAUGACCCCGAUGACCAGUGUCAGCCUCUGUAUUGUCAUCUAAGCAGUCGAGUGAGUCUUGCAUCACAGUACGCCUACCUCUCGUCCGCAGGCGACGAAGGUAAGACUUACGCCGAAAUCGUAGCCGACCAUGUCGAUACUCCGGAAGAGGCCUCGACCCAUAUGGACGACCAGGUGCACUCGCCGGUUACCCAAGACGCAAGCCUGGAAGCCACUGAACAUGAGCUGCCCCCUUCUCCCAAAAUUACAGGCCACACUGAUCUAAGUCAAGUCGGCCCGGAUCUCCCACAUGUAGAGGAGGAUUUGUUCAAAGAAGUUGACGAGGAUCCCCACGCUCAAACCGACGGUGUCCAAGCGCUCAACAAGGAACCCUCGGAAGAGGAACCGCCGUUGAUUGUCCAGGAUUUCCAACCAGAUCAUCUUCAAGAAGAGGUUGGAGGUUUCGAUACUGUAGAUUAUCCAGACCAAGAAGACACCCUGCAACACAGUCAUCAUCAUGAAAGCCCUGCAGCUGAAAGCAGCAGCUCGCACACUGUUGAAGCAUAUUAUGAUGACACUGGCAAUCACGAGGCAUAUGAAGAGGACGCCAAAGGUGAAGAUCUGUUUAGUGAUACAAAUCAAGAAACAGCCGAUCUCCUCGAUCAGCAACAAGACACCGAGUAUGAAAGUGGCUAUGGCGAUGAAGAGCUCUUUGUGCAAGACAACGUUGGCGCAGAUGUUGUUGGAGCUCCAUCUAUAUCACUACCGGAGGAAGGCGAUGCCCGGUUCUUUCCUGCCACGAUUGAGCAGAAAUCCUUGAAGAGCGAUGUAGCCGACGCAAGCCUCGACUUCCUUGAAGACGAAGCAGACUCUGGCAUUGCUGAUCUCCCGAAAGACCAUGACCUUGUUGGCCCAAGUCCGCCUAUCACACCGUUUAAACCGAACGUUUCGAAACGCAAGGCCGAGGUUGAUGAUGACCUUGACUUUCUGGAAAUCGGCACACCGGAACCAAAGCGUCGCAGAUCAUCUUGA